CGAAAGGUGGAUCAAAUAACUGGACAAGGAGUGCGAUCUGUUUGCAUGCCAUUCAUUUUUCUCUCUCUCAGACCACCACAGCCUUCGAAGCUCGUGCUCGAAGUACGUCCUCUUAGGAUGUGUCAAGUUUACUGAUUUUGGUGUUUUGCUAUUUUCCCAAUAAACCACCAUCUGCACUUGCAAAAAGCACCUGAUACUAACGUAUAUUCUUUCGCAUUCAUCGAUCCGUCACCUGCCAUGUCCCGAUUGCAAAUGCGCUCCAACGGUCAAAAAGACCCUGCUCAGAAUGCAUACUCUGAGCCGAUCACUCGAACGAGUGGUUCAGACAGCUUUGGAGUCCUCAAUCGCAUUCCCACUCAGUAUAACUCCUAUCAGAUAGGUGUACACGAAGCACAGGGUAUGCGUCCGACAAUGGAAGACACGCAUGCUUUCAUAGUGGAUUUUGAUUCAGUACGGGGGCAGGGAUACUUCGGUGUUUUCGAUGGCCAUGGAAACAAAUGUGUAUCGGAAUGGUGCGGGCAAGAGUUUCACAAGGUCAGUAUGAACUGGUGUCCUGUACAUGAUCGCCUGAUCGACUCUGCGCAGAUUUUUCUUAACUGCAUACACAAGAAUCCUACUCUCAACGGGCUAGACGUUCUCAAGAAGUCCUUCCUCGAAGCCGAUGAAGUCCUUGGAAAGAUGUCGGAAGGUUCCGACGAACUUGCAGAUUCCGGAUCUACUGCGGUAGUCGCGUUUCUCCGAAUCGAGGAUUCAGAUGGAUCCCAAAAUUUUCCUCAUACGGACCUUCCGGAACAUGGGAAAGUUAAAGUUCCUCCGCAGGAUGCCCAUCGUGUGUUCUACUGUGGCAAUGUAGGGGACGCGAGAGGUGUCAUGUGUCGGAACGGGACUGCUACGCGCCUUACGCAUGAUCACAAGCCGUCAGAUUCGGACGAACAAGCUCGGAUUCGAGGUGCAGGCGGGAUCGUGCUUCGAGGCCGUGUUUUUGGCACAUUGGCAGUAUCUCGAAGUCUAGGCGAUCAUAUGCGGUAUGAGUCGCUCAAGCUGAAGGACCUUGUUAUCGGCACGCCAUAUCUCUCACGAACGGAGUUGAAACAGGAUGAUGAAUUUUGUAUAAUCGCUUGUGAUGGUCUUUGGGACAUCAUUUCUGAUCAGGAUGCAGUUGAUCUGGUUCGAACCGUCGACGAUGCCGAGAAAGCCAGUCGGAUGCUGGUGGAAUAUGCUUUGAAGAACGACAAUAUGAUAAGUCGCGAUAACGUGACAGUGAUGGUGAUACGAUUCACGAAUACCAACUCUGUUGACCAUUCGAAAGGUUGAGUUUGGUGGUUUCAACUUCCUUUGGGCUCAAACUUCGUCACUGUAUGUAUAAUUUUCGGACAUUGACUUUUUUCUUUCUUUUUUUGGGUUCGCCUAAUAUUCUGAAAAUACUGUAUUCGUACGGGGCAGUGUGAACUAUUGUAGCAGUACUGGUAUGUUUACUGUACAACCUGUAUAAAGUAGGUUCAAACAAUAUUUGUCUGUACUAUGUAACGAUAAGUGGACAAUAAACGAAGUUCAAGCAGAAUUUGAGGGUGCACCCUCAUCUCAUCGCUCCAUUUGCACCCUUUUUUGAACAAUAGUUCUUCUAUACAACUGCAGUCUACACAAUGGUUGUGGUUG